CCGGAAAAAGCUGCGGCGUUGUAUCCUCUUCCCGAGAGGGACGCACGCGCGCACAAAUCACACAGCUCAACCAACAGAUUAAUGUCUGCGGUGGGUGGGUCGCCGGCUUCACUUUGCCGAUCUUUGAAGUUUUCAGAUUCUCUUUGUCCUCGGUGGCAUUCAGUUAGUCCUGAUUUUCAAGAACUCAUGCUCCAUUCAAUGGAGACAGAGGAGUUAAUCAAACUUCCUACUUCCAGUAAUUCCGGGCAUGGAAGUGAGCAUGAGGAUCCACAUUCCCAAUAUCUGAACUCUGAGAUAAAAGCUGAGAGUAAUGGGGAAGCUGGAACAUUGUCGAAAGAUGAUGACGUGGACAUGUCAAUUUCAAGUGGUGAGGAAAAUUUGGAUCUUGACAGCACUGUGCUGAAAGAUGAUCUUGAAACAGCAGAUUCAGUCGAAGUGGCUGUGAAAAUGACAUCUGUCAGCCACGUACAUUCUGAAAAUGGAUCACUACCUUUCCAGCCAGAAAUCAGUUUCAGUAAUCAUAUGAAAGAUGAAACCCUUUUGUCUAAAGAGGAGAAAGAUUCUAAUUGUAUCCUUGUUUUGGUUCAAGCUUUGAUUGUUUGCUUGUAUGGCUCUAAACGUGGUGUCAAGAGACCCCGUGAACCUGAUGAUGAGCAGCAACCUUCAGUGCGUGUAAUCUAUAGUUCUUUGCCAAGAGAAAGCACACAAAAACUUGAAGAGCUAUUACAGCAGUGGUCAAAAUGGCAUUCACAAAAGUGUUCAUCAUUGGAUAAUUCUUCGCUGGAAUCCGGAGAAAAGACGUACUUUCCAGCUCUUCGCGUUGGCUUAGACAAUCCGUCUGCAAUAGAGCUCGAUCCACCUCCUUGGCUUAAUCGAAUGCGAGAACUAGGAUAUCCACCUGGCUAUUUAGACGUUGACCUGGAGGAUCAGCCUUCAGGGAUUACAAUUUUUGGAGAAGAGACGAACGAGAAGGAAGGCGAAAUCCUUGGCGUGGGCCCCAUCGAGCCCUCCAAGACAAAGGCAGUCGAGUUCCCUGGAAUAAAUGCUCCAAUUCCCAAAAAUGCCCACGAGUGGCUCUGGGCACAAAACCCUACAAACUCCUCGAAUCUUUCCGAACACCGUUCCCAACGCAGGCAUCAUAACCACUCACCGUACGAAAAUCUCAACAGAAACGAGCGGAGAUGGUCAGGGGUCUACUUGGAUGACGAUGGGCCCCCAGGCUGCGAGCCUUGGACUAGCCCAUCUCUUUCGAAUCACUUCCCUAGAUACGGUGAUUACGAGUAUGGGCUCAGCCCGCUUCUUUCGAAUCACUUCCCUAGAUACAAUGAUUACGAAUAUGGGCUCAGCCCACGGGCCAGCCCGCUUAUUUCGGAUCACUUCCCUAGAUAUGGUGAUUAUGAGUAUGGGCUCAGCCCGAAUGUUUCAUGGAGCUCAAGCUAUGGCAGGUCGUGGUCGGACAGGGGUAUGAGGAGUCCCCCGCUGAUGCAUGAUGGUCCCCUGAGCCAUGGGCAAUAUGGUAAUUUCCUGCAUAACUCUCCCUGGUAA